AUGAUUAGUAUUCUAUCAUGGGGUGUAUAUUUUAAUGAAGCUUUAUUGAUCGUUAAUUGUUUAUUUCUCUUACUAGAUGAAAUGCCUGGUUAUCAUCCAUCUAAUCAUUUAGAACUUGUAUGCGGAGAUACUACUAGACUUACAAAACUACGAAAACUUGAAAAGCUUGUCAAGCGUCAAGGCUACGUUGUACAUUGGACAAAAUUGGAAGAAGUACAUAAAAAGAAAUUCGAGAGUGAUGUAACAUACGUUUUAGAUCCUUUUUCUGGUCAAUAUUUUGAGCACUUGAAGCAAAUUGGAGCCAGAAUUGUUGGCCCACAAUGUCUGGAACACAGCAUUACGAAAAAAGAGCCACUGCUAGAUUCUCCGUAUCCUGUUUUCAAUUUUGUUAUGAAAGAUCUAGUAAUAUGUUGUACCAACUUAUCAAAGGAUGACCGGGAUGAACUACAUUCUCUUAUUAAAAUGAUGGGUGGUAAAGUUAAUCCUCACUUAACAACAGAUGUAACACAUCUAGUUGCUGGCGAGAACAAACAUCUGUGUCCGAUAUUUUCUGGAUGUACAAUCUGUGUAACUGGAUUAGAUAAAGAGGAAAGAGGAAAUAUUGAUAAACUAAUUACUGUAAAUGGCGGCAGUUAUUCGCCGGAAUUAGAUCAGAGGUGCACACAUCUAUUGGUUAACGUACCGAAAGGGGAUAAAUAUGAAUAUGCUUUACAAUGGAAUAUUCAUUGUGUAUUAACUAAGUGGUUCUAUGACAGCUUGAAAGCUAAAGGUGCACUGAGUGAAAAUAAAUAUAUUUGUGUUAAUAAAAGCUCGAAAAGUAACGAACAUGCAAAAAGCCGAGAAGUUGCGCAUUCAUCUACAAAUCGGCAAUCACAGAUAAGAAGUCUAGAGGAAAUUAAGAAGAGCGAAUCUAGAGAAACAAAGUUGGAUAUUACCAUCCCCGAACACAGCUCAUUCUUUCUUGAUGGAUGCAAGAUCUUAUUAAGCGGUUUUAAUGAAAUUCAGCAAAGUCAACUACAAAGUGUGAUUAAUUCUGGUGGAGGCACAAGAUUUAAUACUUUGGAAGAUUCAGUUACUCACGUCGUAAUAUCGGAAGAUAGCUUAUGGAAUCCUACUGAUUUAAAAGCCUUAAAAUCUCAACCGUUUGUUGUCUCUGUACGCUGGUUAAUAGACUCAUCUAAAAAUGGGAUAAAGCUUCCGGAAGAUGAUUAUCUAGUGAAUGCAAAAGCAGAAAGAAACAGUAGCACUUCCUUGCAACCCUCCCGUAAGAGGAAAAAUGUAGGCCUUAGUCUUGCCGAAUCAGACUAUGGAGAUGUGACUGAGAUUAUCAAUCAAUAUGUACCUGUUGAUGAUUCUAAGAAAGCUCCAAGCGAAUUGUUUUGUGGAAAGAAACUUUAUAUUUGUGGAUUUACAGAAGCUCACAUCACCCAGUUACAGCUAAUAAUAGAAACCAAUGGAGGCCAAGUAUUGACAAAUUCUUUACAAGCCGAUAUGAUAAUCACUCCUCCAUGUAUAUAUGAAUCUGAGGAUGAAAAUUCAUCAUUAAGGAAUUUACCCUGUGUAACUACUUAUUAUCUCGAGGAUUGUCUUGAAGUGAAACAACUAAAAGAUAUUAGUGAAUCUGUUUUUUACAAGCCCUUUUAUUUACCGGCUGGAGUCAACCCACUAAAGGAUUGUGUCCUAUCUAUUAGUCAAUUUUCCGGAUCUUUAAGAAAUUAUUUAAUUGAAUUGAUACGAUUCGUAGGAGGAAGAUUUCAGGAGCAGCUAGUAAGGUUGCCGCAAGGUAAACUUUAUCCAAGUACGCAUUUACUGCUAAUUAAACCAUCAGGUUCGAAAUAUGGCGCCGCAAAGAAGUGGAAAAUACCAACUGUCUCUGAGAAGUGGUUGAUAGCAUCUUGCGAGGCAGCAGAGAGAGCCGUCGAAAAUCAGUACAUAGUCGACGAAUUUGUAUCCUCUGUAAAAUCUACAGAAAAUACCACAACCAUGGAUACUGUACAGCCGGUUCCUGAUACAACCGAAAGAUUAAAGCCAGUUGAAACUUCCGUGCCAGAUGCAGUACGUUCGUUAGUAAUUGAUCCAGUAGAAGAUAAUUGCGAAGAGCCAACGAUAGCGAACUCUGAUAACAAAAAGGAGUUAACGGAUGACGAUAAAGAAAAUGGAAACCCCGUAGAAGUUUUUGAAAGUGAAUCGACAGUUCUGAAAGGUGUAACAAUUUCUGCAAGUAAAAAACUAAGCUCAAGUCAUCGUCAAUUUGAAAGAGAAGCUUCACAACUAGGAGCCGACUGGCGUUGGACCUUUGAGGAUUGCUGUACUCAUUUUAUCUAUCAGGUAGCGGAUGUGACGCUAACUCGCGUCCAAAUAGAUAAUGAUAAAUGUAUCACACCAUUACCAAAUUUGUUUGAAAAAGGAAAAGCGACCGAAAAUAACAGAGAGUUGAAGGCAGCAAAGAAAGCAAAGGCUAUUUUAGUAUCACCUUCUUGGUUAAAAGCAUGUUUAACAGAAAAACGCCGACUAGAAGAAUCUAGUUAUCCAAUAACUUACAAUCCUAAAUUAAAUUUGGAUGAGCCGGUCAGGAAAAGGCGAAGAACAAGGCGUAGCCUAAAUCCGGAAAGUAAUCAAGUUGAAAAAUUUUUGGAUGAUUCGGGUUUAGACCCAGAAAUAGACAAAAAUGACAAUACCGGAUUCGAUAAUUCAGUAGGUCAUAUAAGUGAAAUCGAAAAUGAAGAUAACAGGGAAGGAACGCUAGAAUCACGUGAAGAUUUUAAAAGACAUGUAGACGAACUGAUUGAAGUAACUAGUGUUGAAAAUUCGAGGCUACCUUCCCUUAGUACUUUUCCACGAUUUGAAUAUGGUAACAUUCUCUGUAACUAUUCGUACGCAUACGCUGCUUCUUCUCUAGGUACUCCGGAUUCAAAGGAUAUUCCUACUAGUGGAGAGGCAAGCAAAACUAAUCAAACGACACAUCGCAUAACCAGAAAAAUGGCGCAAAAUUUGGCCAACAAGAUUACAGCAGGUGAACCAGCGUCCGCAUCCCUCGAAUCUACUUCUGAUUAUUCUCAAACGGAGGCAAUUACAUAUGAUGACCCUGCUGGAAGGCAGGAGCGGGAAAGGAUAAAAGCGCGGCUAAGACGAAAUCGCAGUGGUGAGAAAACAGAUUCUGAACGUGAUGACCUAAACGAAACUUGUGACAGCAAGGAUAGAGUAAAGAUUAAUACCGGACGGCAAUCUCCUGCAUCAUUUGGUGUCCAUUUAUCCAACACGAAUUUAAAAGUACUCUCAAUGGGUGUUGAUGAAGCUGAAGGAAUUUGUAGCCCUUCGCCUGCCAAGGUACAAUAUCGAUUUCUUCUAUCUGCGAUGAAACCACAAGAAAAGAUAAAUUACGCGGGCAUUGUCGAAAAUCUUGAAGGUGUAUUCUAUGAUACGCAAUACUUCACUCAAGCUUGCACACAUGUAGUCGUCGGUGAUAUCAAUAGAAAUGAAAAAUGCCUGGCUGCUAUGGCAUCAGGAAAAUGGUUGCUUCGUAAAUCGUUCUUAGACGAAAGUCAAUUGGCUGGAAGAUUUGUUUCGGAAGAAGAACACGAAUGGGGCUCUGAUCAUGCUAAUAAUUCUUCGUUAUCUAAAUUGUCGAUCGCAGCUCGAAGAUGGCGAAAAAAAGUUCAAGAGGAAAAUCGCAACAGAAAAUUACAGGGUAUUAUCGGUGAUCCAUAUGGUGCUUUUAAAGGUUGGAAAGUCCUACUAUCGGUUGACGUUACAAGACAAUCUGGAUUUAAACGCUUACUUGAAGCUGGUUGCGCAACGGUAAUGAAACUUAAACCUCCAUUUCCUAAUAUUGAAGGUGUGACUCAUGCCUUUAUCGAUACAAACAGAACAAAACCCGGUUCGAUCGAUCUGCAACAGCUUAUUAAUGCAAAUAUUGUCUGCCUUAAACCCGAUUACAUUGCAGAAUAUCUAACCCAUGAUCCACCGCCCAAUCCCGAUUCUUUCAUACUCUCAGAAGUUCAAAAUUUGAUGAAAUCCUAG